GGUGUGUGGAAGAGGACUGCAACAGUGAAAAGUAAAAGUAACCAAGGCGGCGCGCAUCAAUUCUAUAACCAAAAUAAAAGGAGAUCCGUCAAAAAAAAUAAUAACACAAGUAGCACGUAAUAACUCCGGCGAAAUGUAUUAAAAUGAUGGUGAUAUACACGUAAAUCUUGGCUACUCGCAAUCGUGCAUCGAUCUACCAAGUGCGGACUAUACGUACACAUCCGAAUUGGGAAUACACAGCAUCAUAUGAUGUCUGUCCCAACCAAUUUCAGCAUACUUGUUUUUUACUUCAUAUGCUGCGAGGUGCUCCCAGCCAACUCCCGCACCUCGACCCUUUGGAAGCUCAACUCUGAUGAGACAAAGAUCAUCGAGGCCAGCCCAUUCCAUCAAGUGGUUGCUGUGCAGAAUGGCAUCCAGAGUCGACAGUAUGUAACUGAGGAGGAUCCAAUCUUCAAUAUCAUCACCUCAACCAUCCACCAGGUUGACAACAACUGGAUGAAGAAGGCUGUCGAGUAUUACUGCACAGACUGCAAUAAUGUCCAAUCCAAAUCAUUGUCUGACAGGAAUGAGUUUGUGUCCAAUUCGUCCAAGUAUUCCAUCCAGAGGGCCUUAAUUACGGACGGCGAUGAAACAUUGGAUUGCGGGAAACCGGUGAACUUUACAUAUUACGAUAAUUUGGUGGGUGUGCUGAAUAGAAACAGGCAUCCACUUGUGCCUGAGCCGCAGGCGUCUCUGGUCUUCUCGAAGACCCGGAGAAACGCCAAGGGCGAUUUGGAUAUAGAUUUAAUCGAGAGGCGGCUGAAAAAGGCAAAGAAAGAAAAACCGAAGUCUGUGCAAUUGUACAACCAGAUCGGUAACUUUUGGCGAAUCAAAGGGGACGCGCAGAAAUCCAUCGAGUGUUUCCGGAGAGCUCUCGCGGUUUCUCCGCACAACGCCGAAGUGUUACUCAAUUUAGCAAGAGUCCUGUACAAUUUACAAUACUUGGAUGAUGCAAUCUACUUAACACGGAGAUCUCUCGAGGUGCAAUCACCGGAAAAAGGUGCAUGGCAGCAGCAUUUUACUUUAGGUGAAAUUUACAAAGCUUACGGUCAUUAUCAAGAGGCUUCGGUGCAUCUCAGACAUACUUUAGAGCUGAGACCAGGCUUUGAACCGGCCGAAGUCGCCCUAAAAGAAAUGGAAUCUUUGCCCACAGAUUCCAUUCACAUAUACACCCUAAUCAUCAUCGUAUGCCUCGUCUUAGGCGUGUUACUCGUCAUUUUAUCAACGGUGGAAACGUUACCUGACACCGAAUUUCCGGACGUUAAAACGCAACGGCAUUUCAACAAAGCAAUGGCUAUGAAGACUCUGAGAGGUCUCAGCAUGAAGAACGGCCGCUACAAGAAGAUUUCUCUCUAAAUUGUUCGAUGCGACUAAAGAAACGUUCUUUUUGUGUUCCUCUUUUUAAAACUCAUAUAUAUAUGUACCUGUUAUAUAACGUUUCCUCGCUCAUUUUAACUAUUUAUUAUUUAUUGUAAAUUAUUUUUGUUUGUUUAUUUUUUUUUUGUCGCCCAGUAGUCUUAAUGAUAAUGAAAUCGAAAUAACUAAUAA